AUGAAUAUAUUCGAGCCAAUCGCAACAGAUGCGCCACCGACGCAGAUUAAGAACAGAGGAGAUCAUCCCAUCGUCAGGAAUGCUGUCGGUGAUGGAGACGAACCGGUUGAGACCAACAAAUUCUACGCGAAUUUCUUCCUGGGCAGUCAAUCGCAUGGUACAUGGACGCAUCCGUACUCUCUCACCUGGUCUAAUGGCGGCGGACCGGCCAAUAGCUGGGGCAUCAGUGUCUCACAUACUGAGAGGAGUCAAUUUUCCUUCGAGCCGUCGACACCGUCGCGAUAUUAUAUAUCUCCCAUCGGGAUCCAAUCGUUCGUUUUUUCUGCCGAGGAACUGGGCUCAGAGACAAAACUGAGAGUUAGGAACCCGAAACAAUUCUCCGCUGAAGUGGAGCUGUCAGUCAAGGAGGGCGACAAGGCACUGAUAUCACUUCCCGUGGUGCAGGGCAUGGGUUUCAUUACUGCGAACUACCACGGCGCUAAGCCUCUGUUCCAAAGUGGUGUUCUGUUCCGCACUCUCACACGUGUGGGGUUCGUCUCGGAGAAAAACCAAACUGCAAAAUACCGGGUACGCCUCGAGGAUGGUUCUACAUGGCUGCUGUACGCCACCCCGGUUGGGACCGAGGGUAUUCCUCCAUUCGAGCUGAUGGACAGUAAGACCAUUAAAGGCCCAGAAAACUUCGAUGGGUUCAUCCAAGUCGCCAAGAAUCCCCUCAGCGAGGAAAGCGAGAAGAUCUACGAUCUAUCUGCCGGAGUGUAUGCCAUCGGGGGUACACUGACUGGCUCGGUUGAUGGCGGAAAUGGAUCGUACACGAUUGGAUGGAAGAAAGGCGGACUGGUUGAUCGUCCACUGCUUAUGUUCGCACUUCCGCACCAUGUCGACUCGUUUGACGAUGCGACAAGGUCAAAGAAGACCAACAUCCAGUUGCAGAGCAUCACAAAGGGCAUUGCAACGGCAGUGCAGGCUGAUCAGCUUACCAUGAUUGAAGCAAGCCUGCCGGAUCAGAUUGGGUUCGAUCCGUGGUCCCCGGAUCUCGCAGCGACGGAGGUCAGGAAAUCAGCUCUCUCGGAGAAGGCUAGGAAAGCGAUCCAGGAAUCCGCGAGUGUGGAAUUAAGUCAGAACAUGGAUGACCAGAGCAAUCUGGAUAGCAUGUACUAUAGUGGCAAGGCUCUUGCCAAGUUCGCCUCUAUCCUCUACGCGGAAUCCACCGUUGUCCGCACUGGGUCGGCGAGCAUUGUGCCCCCAGGGCUCGACAAUCUCAAAUCCGCCUUCGCCCGCUUCGUUGAGAAUCGCCAAAAGCAUCCCCUUGCGUACGAUACCGUGUGGAAAGGCGUGGUCAGCACCGCCAGCUACGGCUCCGGCGACCUUGGCCACGACUUCGGAAACACGGGCUAUAACGACCACCACUUUCACUACGGGUACCAUAUCUUCGCCGCCGCGGUCAUCGGCUACCUCGAUAAGGACUGGCUGAGCCAAGGGACUAACAAGGCGUGGGUGAACGCACUCGUCCGAGACUUCGAUAAUCCGUCCGAGGGGGAUCGGUUCUUCCCGGUCAGCCGGGCGAUGGAUUGGUAUCAUGGGCACUCGUGGGCGAAGGGAUUGUUUGAGAGUGCGGAUGGGAAGGAUCAGGAGAGCACGAGCGAGGAUGCGUUCGCGAGCUACGCGGUGAAGAUGUGGGCGAGGGUGGUGGGCGAUGCGAACAUGGAGGCGCGGGCGAAUUUGCAGUUGGCGGUGAAGGCGAGGUCGAUGAGGGCGUACUUCCUGAUGGAUGAGAAGAAUACAAAUCAACCGAAGGAGUUUAUCGGGAACAGGGUGACCGGUAUUCUUUUCGAGAACAAAGUUGACCAUACCACUUACUUCGGAAGCAACGUCGAAUAUAUCCACGGUAUCCACAUGAUUCCAGUAAGCCCUGUCAGCGCAUAUGUCCGCACAAAAGCGUUCACCAAGCUUGAAUGGGACCAGUUCUUCAACGAUGACAUGCUUGGAAACAUGAAGUCUGGGUGGCGAGGCAUUCUUGAAGCCAACCGUGCAAUAUUCGACCCACAGAAGGCCUUUGACUUCUUCGUGGGGCCAGAUUUCAACGACGGCUAUCUUGACGGAGGAGCGAGUCGGACAUGUUAUCUCGCUUACGCUGCUGGUUUAGGCGGAGCAUGA